AUGCGACAGCGUAACCAUCGGUUCUCCAUCAGUAUCUCUUCGCCUCCUGGUGCCCUACUCAUCUUCCUCGUAGUCCUUCAAGCGGCCAGAUCUCUCGGUUAGUUGAUUGCUAAUGAGUCAAUCACUUAUCCUGCUUAAUUGGAUAUGCUUAAAUGGAAAAAAUGAUGCUGUUUGUUUGCAUAUGUCCACGCCGAUUAUGGGGUUUGCAUACAGCAGGCGAUGGCGUCUCUGUCCUGUCGACUGUUUGCCGGCUGGAAUGCGGUUGAAAAGUGAAGAUGUGUGAUCAGCUGGUUACUGUUCCUCCCCGAGGAACUGAAACAACGCCCUCAGUAUAUAAAUCGACUAAUCUGUUUAAAAUCGUGAGGUGAUAAGCACUUAUGCAUUUCAGAAAUAGCAACACGACUUAAUUAUUUAGAAUGAAAGCUUCCUCAGACAGUGCAAACAGUUUUAAAAAUCACAGAGUUUCACCGCUGGGUUUUGAGGACCACUUCACAGUGAGAGGCUACCUGAAGUAUUGUGUCCAGCCUAGCCUCUAGUCUGAAUCUUGUGGCCACGAGUCCUAUUUGCGGAGCACGCCUCUUGCAGUUUGUGAAGUUAAUAAAAUUCAGGCGUUUGAAGCAUAAAAAAGUCAAAUUAUUUUGAAAAGCGAUGAUUUGUAAAAUCUGAUUGCGAAUUAGCCAACGGGAAACUUGGGAAAUGAUAGUUCGGCAGUCCCAACCGCCGAUGCCCACCGUGUACUCCACAGAAAGAUGAAGCAGGCACAGUGACUUGCAGCAUCUACUGCACACUAUCCUCAUCUUCCACCUGAACCCGGUGUCCAGGCAGAGUCAAGAAGACUGGAGGCGCGAGAGGACGCAUGUGGAUGGCGCGGACUCGCCCGCGCCGUGACGCUCGAUUUCACACCGCUUGGCGCACAUAACAAUUAACCAGGAUUUUAACCAGCGACAGCAAUACCACGACGAGUCAGAGGACGACGAUGACUGGACAUCACAAUCACAUUUGCUGGCAGGGGACCAGGUGUCAGAGAACUGCCAGCACACACCAAACUGAGAGGGCCAUGGUUUGCUGAUCCUGACAUAGCAGAUGUUUACAGACUUUGACAAUGGAGAGCAACAUUCGGCUAGAUCUCAGUUGGUAGCCAGGAAUGGGGGAAGCGGACGACGACCUUAACCCUAACCCUAAACUCAACCUUAAACGUUAACCGUUUACCUUAACGGCAACCCUAACCCUAACCGAAAUCGUAAACGGAACCGUAGCCCUUAGACAUAGCCAUAACUGAAAAACCAAACCGUAAUACUGAAACCUAAUCGUGCGCUCAAACCCUAACCGUAAUCCGAAAACUUAAGCCUAAGUGCAUAACCUUAGCCCGAAAAUCGGAAACCAUUAACCGGCACCCUUAUCCUAACCUCAAACGUAAAAUGGAAGCCAAAUGGCUCAGAUGUGAUUAUGGAACCCCACAAAAUAGCCUCAGUAAGCAAACCCCCUAGACACCUGUAAUACGGAGCCUGGCUACCAUCUGCGAUCUUGCCCAGCAAUCAUUUACCACUAUUGUUUUUAGCACUGUCCCCCACGUUUGUUGUGAUUUCGGUGUAGUUUAGAAACGAAAUUGGGUACGCUACUGGAGGUUUUGAAAUCUCCCUAGUGGAUACUACAGGCGUCACGACUGGAUAAACACUGAGCACAAGAAUUAAAUUGUGGUCGACAUCCACUAAAUUCUUGUUUUACCAGAUCAAGAGGUAAAUCGAAUCUUUGCUAACGUAAAACAGCGAUUAUCUCUUAAAACUUGCAAUUCAUAUAAUUGACUCAAUCAGAACUGAAAAACCAGGUUUUUCCAGCCACCAGCCAGUGGUCGUUAGGUGCGCAAACAGAUAGCCAAGUUGAUUCUUAUUUUUCUAGGACGACAUCUGCCCAGCCAGCAUAUUUAUGUCCGCAUUCCCAGCAUAUGCGUGCGAGUUUGACUAGGCAAUCCAAUCGCGCUUGUAAGUAGAAAGUGAGGUUUUCAUGACUAGAAGCAAAAAUUUCACCGUCAAGUCAACUCAUGCAGUUUAAAAUACCUUUAUUCGAUUGCAAACUGUCCAAUCCACCAACCAUGAUGUUCGUCAGCCCGUCACUACAUUCUAGUCUAUUUUUUUUCCACUUUUUUCGAUAUUUAAGUAAAAACAGUUGGUCGGAUGUGGUUUGGUAGGCUCACCUGAAGUAAACAAACCCCAGUUACCUCUAAUACGGGACCGGUGGUAAAUGGGGUUUUUACAGGUGGAGCCGGAGAACACACAGACGACGAGGACAAGUAGUUGCAUGGAAAUGUGGUUGAAUUUACGCGGGCAUCAAAAAACCAUGAAAAUAAUGAAUACAGCAUAAGAAGUCAUUCUUUGUUGAGUGAGGAUGUCGUAGGAGGCCGGAAAGGUCAUUAAAAAGUCGGCGCUCUGGCGUGACUAAAAUAUUUUUGGAUCGUAAACCACAGUAAUUUAUUUUACAACCCCACCUAAGUAAUUCCUUCAAACCGAAGAUAUAUCACCGAACUUCGAUUAAAAUUUCAUGAGAUAGUCCGGAUACUGUACCCUUUAUCACGCCUUUUUAAAAUAAAUCAUCUGCAAUGUAUAUUAUUGUAGUUGGUAAGCUACUUUCUCGAAAGCACAUGCUAUGUAUUGAUGCAAUUUACGGCGACUACUCACAAACCUCAACGCAUUCCUAUGGCGACAGCUGUUGAUCGGCAAAUAUCAAACCGAUAUUUUACGUUGAGUGAACACAGCACAAUCUAGGCAGAAUGUUAAUACCGCAAACACAAGGGAGACUGAUCGAUAAUAACAUUCUGCCUAUAUCAUGAGCCGUUGUUCGGCUGCUGGUUGGGCUUGAGAGAGAACCCGUGAGGCACAACGGAACGAGUGAAUACCGCAAAAAAUCGAUCGGUGAGCACCCUACUCUGCUAUAACAGAGUCUGUUUAAGUUGGGAUUCCAUUUAGUCGAAACAACUUAACACUUUCUUAUACUAAACGUCUUGAAGAGGGACUUUCCUACACGCAGACGAAAGAAGAGGAAAUAAUUAAUAACCACGGCAGGACUGACUUAUUUGACCCCUAAACAGGACAUGGGAAUAGGUACGCACCAUCCAAGCAAUAAAGAUGGCCUGGGCAUAAUCCCAGAAAGAGACAAGUAUUAUCGCGUCCAUACCACAGAAAUAACCCUUAUCUAAAACUAAGCCGUUGGCUUAAUAUUGACCUUACCCCUGCACUAAAACUCAAAUCUACACUUAACAUUAACCCCUAACGAAAACCAAAAAUUGGUCCUAACUUAGUUUGUCGUUGGCUUUAAAUCUAGCCUUUAGCCUAAUUCAUAACCCAACCCUAGCCCUCACCUUCAAUCUAACCCUAAUUUGACUGGACGUUGGCUCAAAGCCAUCCGCAUUGCAGGAGGUUCCUGUUCUCAUGUCCUGUUUAGGGGACAAUUUAAGUCAGUCCUACCACAAUGACUAUUAAUGGAAGAUGAACGCACAUCUCCUAACAGUGCGAAUUGGCGGAAAAAUCAUCAUUAAAGAGAAACUGGCAUCUACCACUCUAUCUCAGACAUGACUCGGUGCGUCAACGCAUUCUACGGUUUUGCGUUCGGCCACCACCACAACUUCGCAGAACACAGCCCUCCUUCUGGUGCCAUUACUCGGGGUAUGGCCUGAUAAUUGUAGCUACCAAGUACAAGCCUCAUCUUCAGCAGCUACAAGUUGCUGAUUGGCUAAGUUGAAAGAUCCAGGUUGUUCAUUUGAGAAGAAGGGCUCAUGAGAACAGGCGGUAAGGUGGGGUUUGGUAGCCCCACCUGCUGGGGUUGGGGUUAAAGGUUAGGAUAGGGGAUUAGGGCUAGGGGUUAGCGCAACUAUUCCUCAACCACUAAAAGUACAACCGGGCAUUCCCAAUAGCUUUUUUUCGCAUACAGCUACUUGACCCCGUUGCCUAUGCGGUCCCGUCUCCCCCCUGUAUAAACCCCUAUUACCACCGAUCCCGUAUUAGAGGUAACUAGAAUUCGUUUACUUCAGGUGGGGCUACACAACCACAUCCGACGGAUUAGGCUUAUUGGAAUGCUGACAUCUCGGCGAACUCGGUUGGUCCACCAUUGUCCAAGCGUAGAAUGUAAUUAAUCGAGCAGAAACAGAAGUUGCGUGGCACGCUGGGCAGCCUCAUAUUGAUUGUUUUUCUCCUUUCUCGCUGCCUCGGCCAUUCCAGGGAUUUUUGGCGGACUCUUUGGGGUGCAGGUGCUGUGAGUCACCGACUCUUCCGGGGGUGUGAUUGAGCCUUUGCCGGGAUUGUUCGGUCUGACGGCCCCCCUUCUUCCUCGCCGAGUUAUUUCGUCGUCAGGCUUUGUCCGCGCGGCCGUCUUAAAUUCAGUGUGGUCUUCUUGUCCUGAACUUUAUGAAAAGAAUGGUACAGGACUUUGUAAGCUGCAAGAAGGUCCAAAUGAGAGAGAGGAAUGCUUUAUUUUGAAAAUAACAUUCAAAACUUUCAGCAAAAACGGUUCUUCAGAACACAGUGAUUACCAUAGAGAUCAACAGGUAUUGGACAGGUGGACAUAAUUAUAUAUGAAGAAAAAAGGACUUUAAGAUGCAAGAUCGAGUUUUAGCUUUUGUUUUUCAGCAUCUUUGCAGGUGAUAUAACGAGCUAGAAAUGGCAGUAUGGAAUUCUGAUAAGCCGAAGUGCGACAAGGGAUGUGGCGGGAGCAUCGACGCAUGGGGCGUAUGGAUUUCGCAGCCACUAACUCAUUAUGAAGGGGAUGGACGGUGUCAUUCAGAAUUCGGUCAGCAAACUGCUCCACCGUAUUGAAAUGUCGAAUUCAUACAUCAGUCUUGAUUGACAAAAAUGGCCACUCCUCCAACUCUACUGCCUGUUGGAGAUGGUCUAUCAUUUCGAAAACAACAAAAUGAUGAAGGAGUGAUUAGUUCCGAGUCAAUAUGGCUAUUCAACCACGUCUCCUGAAGGCAUAUUACUCCUGUUUUGCCAUGUUCUUUGGUUGACAGAAGUAAUUCCAAAUCAUGGGCUUUGUUAAAUAUCGAUCGACAGUUAGUCGAAAGAAAACCAGGGAUUUACAACUUGUUUUUAGACUGGCGUUUAAGCGCAACUUGCCAUCCACAGCGAUGUUGCUUUCGAAAUAUUGGCCUUUGCUGAUACGAGCGUGGGAAGGCCAGCGAGGAAGGACGAUAAACAGGACAAGUUGUCAGAGGGUAACUGCUGCUGGCACGGCGAGUUCGUUGCCUCUGGGAGCGUGAGAACGCCAACGCAGGACAAUCGCAGAAACGACAAAUUGGCCGCAAAGUGCAACCACUAGGGUCAUGAUUAGGAGGCGGAAAAAUCGAUGCAGAAAUUUCGCAGGGUUUAAGCUCCUUUAAAAAGGUACUAGCGUACUGUAAAGACGACCUCAUAGGAAUAGAUCAAUUGAGACAAAGGAAUAAGACUGGGGUAUGCAAUUAAUAAGUAUUCACGUGACUGGAGGGAAAAACAAAAAGUGGCGGCUCAAUUUCAAAAGAGUUGGCAUCUGAGUACCACGCCUCGGGUGCCUGUCGUUCUGCCUUUGAGUUAUCCCGGCCUAAGACGGCAGCUGCCCUUAGGUCGAAAGUUUGACCGGUUUUCCCCAGCUUGCUUUGCAAGCUGAAAGUUUGGAUCUAGCCUCCGAGUUGCCAGUUUAUGAUUUUGUAUGCGGGCCUGCAUUCCUGCCCCUUUUUCCCAACGUACUUGCUGCCCCUAUCAUUGUAACUUAUCUUGUAGGCAACUACUGAGGUUCCAGUGGGUGGCUGCGUGUCCUUAAGUUGCAUAGGCGCCGAUUUGUUGCCUCGGGGUAAAUGGGCUAUGCCUAUUCUGGCGGGUUGUUACAGUCGAGAUACCACCUAGGAGAACCCUUUAGUGCCGGAAAUGGCCCUCCAAACUUCGCGCCUGCCUUUCUCAAUAAAAUGGCUGGGAAAAUCAUUGUCUGUGAAGAGAUGCUAAAGGUAAAGCCGUUGGGUCCUUUUAUCUUCAGGCGUGCUGCUGACUGUUUCAUCUCUUUGGAACAGAGUGCAGACACAGCUACAAUCAGCAUGAGGUCGACCAGCACGGUAUGCCACUUCUAUUUCUGUUCGAUUAAGUGCACUUUAAGCUUCGACGAUGGUGAGCCGACCACGGUCUCCGAAGUGUCGAUAUUCCAAUGAACCUGUUCCGGUGAGACUAUCUCUGAAGCCUAGGCCGAGCGUGUGACCAUGGCCACCCCGACUAUCAGGCUCGAUCCCGAAUUGAAAGAGAAGGAGGACGCCAGUUGGGAGGAUCGUACAGAACAACGAGAGAGGGGGCUGUAUAGAGUUGAUAACCGGACGUGGGCAGGCCCAGCGCAGGGUUGAGCGGCGCCCCCAGCGUCCGUCAGGGAAUGAUUCAAAGCGUCUUAAAACAGGGGACACGGCUUUGAAUCUGAUUGGUCGGUUGGAAGUCCAAAGUGGGCGAAUGACAGACAGCCCUGGUGCGCAGGUGCAGAUACUCGCAAGAGGCCCAAUGCUGAGACGGGCGUUCGUAGUAGGGCCAUUACAGGCCUUUCUUCAUCCUCAGGUGAACAACCUGGAUCUCUCAACUUCACUAAACUGAAUACUCUGUAAGUUUUAACUGCUUUCGGUAGUACUUGGUUGUCACAAUUAUCAGGCAGAACCCCGAACAGUGCAUAAAGACAAAAGGCACCAGAAGGAAGGUUUUUUCUGCUCAGUGGUGGUGGCGGUCGAACGCAAGGCCGUGGCAUGCACUGACGCAUAGAGUCAUGUCUGAGAGAGUGUAUGUGGUAGCGGUUCCUGGUAAAGUGUGUGUUGCGAACCAGGGGGUGUUGUGGCACGCCUAGAUGCGGUUCCGCCAUGCCAGCCAGCUGCGCCCUCCCACGCCUCCGGUCGUCCUGACUCUGCCCUGACACCAGGUCCAUGUGGGGAGUGGGGAAGAGAGAGAGAGAUAGUGCGGUAGAUGCUGCUCAAGUCUACUAUCGCUAUGGACCAACUCGCGCGCAAGUCACCGUGCCUGCUGCGUCUUUCUCUGUAGCACACCGUGGACAUUGUCGGAAUCGACGGCCGAGCUGUCGUGUUAGCGGUUGCUUUACCAGGCUUUUGAGAGCACGCUCAAGUACUGUCCAGUAGGCGUGUGCUGCAUCCCUACCCGAGGCGUGGUGUGUCCCAGCGACGCAUGGGCAGCUGCGACCACCUGGACGCAGGUGUGCCCGAGUUGCAGUCGGUCUGCAGCGGCCGAGGACGUGGAGAGUAGCACACACCUGGUAAUGUGAAGCAUCUGGGAUAACUCCUGACUUAUGACGAGCUGGAUGAGGUUGUUAGAGACUGCACCCUUCUCAUCGAAGCUAUAGGAGGAAAAAAUUAAACGAUACGAAAUAUGUAUGCUAGGAACGAGGAGUUUUGUACAUCGGCUAACGAUAAAUGAUACAGAGCUAGAUCAGAGUUAUUGCAUGAAAGAGAUGAUGCCAACGAGCAUGCUAAAUGACCGGUGGGGAAUGCAGCGCUGGGGCAGCUGCUGGGGGCCGGGGUGGAGGGUGCCGACACAGAGGACGGGUGGGGGGGAAGCAUUACGACGAGAGUUGUGGGGAAGGAGUCGGCGGUUAUGUGGGGGAAGGGAACUGGCUAUUUUCACCAACAUGAGGCUACACCGUCUCCAUCCUGGACCCACGCCACAAGUGUUCACUUCAUCCAAACAACUCAAUAGAAUUCCUUGGAGGUUACAUUUCGAGGAAUUGCAGGUCAGAGCGUGUGGGGUUACAUGAGGCCGCCCUUCAGAGGGAUCUUGACCUCGACGUAAAUGAGCCGAGAAACAAGUAAGGUGACCGCUGUAGUGGUGGUGGAUGGCCAAAGUUCAAGGGAUUGAAGUACGGUCAUUACAAAGUUAUCGGACUUUCAUGGUGUCCCACAGUCAUCAGUGCGUCCGCUUUCAUUAAGUAAUCUGUCAGACGGGAAAUAUGUCAAUCUUCAAAAGAGGCAUUGAGUUGCAGAAUUAUGCUGUCGCCCUUAUAUUUCCUGCCAUCGCAUUUAUUAUACAACUGAUUCCAAUUUUCACUAUUAACUAUGGCUUCUUAAGUCUUCCAGUUCCGUAAGCGGAUUUUGUCCACGGGUUCGUUACUAAUUAAAACUCCAAAUGGCAGACAGUCAAUGGUGUUUCAAUAGGCGUUGCCAACCUUUGAAGGAUGAUUGCCCAGGCAAAUAUGGCGCUGCAUGUCCACCUUCUGGGCUCCAAGGUUUGUUAGCGUCUGCUAUGCCAUAAUAAGCAAACCAUGGACCACGCGGUCUGGUGUUAGCUGGCAGUUCUCUGGCGGUAGAUGCACAUGCGCUCCCGCUGGGUAUACACGUCGUGUGCAUGGCUGCCCAGUCGUACAUGUCUUUUCUGUUGUUGGCCGGAAUCCUGGUCAAGUGCUGUUUGUGGGUCGGCGAGUGUGAAGUGGAGCGCCUAGGCGCGGACUGGGCCACGCCAUUUACCUGCGCCCUUCCCGUCUGAGAUCUUCUUGGAUCUGUCUUGACACUGGGUCCAGGCGAGGAGGAGGGCAGAACGUGGCAGACGCUACGUAAGCCUACUCUCACUAUAAACUAAUUCCCGUUCAAGUCACCUCGCCUGCUUCACCUAGCUGUUGAGCACGGGAUGAACAAUGUCGGACGCGACGGUCGAACUACCAAUAGGUGUUGGGGUGCGCGAUAACUGCUCCUCACUACUAUAGUUCGUUCUCCGUUCAAAAUCAGGUAGCCGGAGGUGAGGUGACAAAAACUGAUGAGUGAAAUUUACACAAAAAUGCGGAUAGCGAGCACGAGACGGAGUGCAGACUUAGCGUGGCCAAAUGCGUAUGAAGGCCUUGCCUCUGAUUGGUUAAUCACUAAGCGCCGCAAUAGCGCAUUUUGUGUGAAUACGGUAAGCGAUGUAUGCGGACAGGUGUUCGGGUAGGUUUUCAAUUACAUCGUCCAUGAAGAAGACGUUCGUGGAACACUCGUUUCUUAGCCCUUCCCUGAGUGAAUACUAGGGACACUCCACUGAAUAGUAUUAUCAAUGCAUUUCGAACUGGGCAUCCAUCUUCCCGUCCUUGCUUACAUGCUAAAUGUAGUUGAGCCAUAUAUUUGAGAUCUUUUUUUACUAUUAUUCCAGAAGUCCCCAGUGAUUUCCCCUGCUCGGAUGAGACCUGGACCUAUGUCGCCAACAACGGUCAGUGCUACAAGGUUAUCUCGGGGCCAAAGAAGUUUAACUGGAGCGAGGGCGAGGUGGCUUGUAAGUCAGCUCUGGCCUCUGUCUCGGCGAUACCUGUGGUACUGCCAGAGGUGCACAAUGAGAGCGAGGCGAAUGCCAUGAUUGAAUUUCUGGUAAAAGUGGCUGUCAAGGAGAAAAUAUGGCUCGGAGCCCGACGAGAAGGUAAGUUCCGAGUCCUGCGCCAUUUCCCCGGACGUCCACCGAGGAGCCUAUUAUGAACAGGCAUGUCAGGAGUCUCUGGCCGGUUGCUGAGGCAAAAAAUGCCCUCAUUUUAAAUGGAGCACUAGGUGCAGACAACUAAUCUGUUUAAGCACAAAGUGUGUCUGCUAGUCUCGAUUUGGCACCAUUUUAGUUAGCACCUUGAAAGUCUACACCGCGGGGUGAUGUACACUCUGGUGGAGAUUUUAGGUUGGUUGAAGGGUCCAAACUGAAAGAGGACAAAAUAUGCUGUCAGCUGAGGUUGACAGUACUGAUUAACUUUGUGAACCAACUUUGUACGAAGAUGGGCUCCAGAUAAAAGGGGUUCAACGAGCCAGAGAAGAGGGUGCGAUCGCUUUUUCCUUUUCUAUUCCAGUGUUAGCAUAGUCACUUUAUGCUGUGAACGCGCAAGUUGAAGUUCGUGAGUGAAGCACGGUUAUAUUACGAAGCAAGAGGCGAGGUUACCGAAACCAUUGACUUGAUGACGGAGAAAGAGUCUCCAAGACAGCAGUACAAAUAUGAUUUUGCCGAAAAAUCCGACUCCUCUUCUUCACCUUCUCUAGAAGAUGAUGAAGCAGUGGUCUACGGCAUACCGUGCCAAAAUUGCAAUGCACGCUAUGUUGGUGAAACGGGGAAACGCCUCUGCACAAGACUGCAUGAGCACCAGCUUGCAGUCAACCGCGAGGAUAAACUGUCACCGGUAUAUGGCCACAUGCAACAGGAGGAACAUAGUUUCGCCUUUGGGGAAGCAAGCGUCCUCGGUCGAGUCCAUGACAAGAUGGCUAGGCUGGUGCUCGAAAGCUGGUCCUCAGUUGGCACAAUCAACAGGGCUAUUGAUCUUCAUCCGGCCUACCAGGCGCUGCGUACAAGACUCCAGUCAGUCCAGACGGGGCCGACAGUACUGGCGAGCGAGUCGUGGCUCCUCCAACAGUUGUCACCUUCACAGCAGGGGAGAGGAGCCAGCCGGAGGUCACACGACCAAAGCGAGACAUCGCCCCACCGGCGCGCCCAGACAGCCGAGCGUGAUUCGCACAUGCAACAGCAACCGAUCAGUUCAUCCGAUUAUGAGGUGAGGGCCCAUGGGAACACAGGAUUUGCAGCGAUUACGACAGCCGGUCAGGGGGCAGAGGUCACAGGAGCGCGCCAUUGGCCGCCCGCGGAGGGACCAAAGCCAAUCCGCAGCCAGAGGGCAGGUCAGAGUACGUGCGUCAGGCAUGCCUAUAACACAAGACAGGCGGCGAGGCAGAACAACUUCGAGCAAGCAGGAACAGACACCCCACCACUCUGA